GAAAGGUUUGUUAGGCUCAGGCUCCGCCAUGGCUUAUGCAGCUAUUAUAGCAUCCGCUUCAGUUUCUGUGCAUUUGGCUGUUGUUAUGGUUGAACWUUGAAGAGAAAUAGGAUGGAGAGGUUCUUCUCGGUGCGGCAAAUCCACUCUCACUGCGACUCUUCCCACUCGAUCAUGCUUCUUUCAGGGCCUCCUUCCUGCGGAAAGACCUCCUUACUUUUUCAGUUUGCUUUUAAUUUGGGUCUGGAGGGAAAUGUAACCUUCAUCUGCAAGCGCCGCAAAUUAGAGAACAAACCUCCAUAUCUCUCCCAGGGAGUUGAUCCAGCCUCCGAAACCUUUCAGCGCAUACAAAUGAAGUAUUUGGAAGACGACGAAGGAAUUAAGAAGUACUUCUCUGCAUUUCACCUGCAUAGUACACUUCCUGCGGCAGUUGUUAUUGAUGAUUUUGGAGACUUUUUCAUGGACCGGCGAUGCCAAGAAAAGUAUGCCAAUCCUCGUGGAAGAGACUUAGCAAUGGUUAGAACUCUAGCUCUUUGUCACAAUGCUGUGAGCAUAGCGAAUCGAAGUAGGCCUUGUAAGCUUGUGUUGUCUGAUACACACCACGGAGAGUCCCCUAGGUUGAUCUUCAUAUAUAAGAGAUGGGUUCCAACCAUUUUCACCAUUAGAGGUGAUGGAUCUGGAUGGUUUAUGAGAAGUAUUAACAAUUGUGGAAAUGACUGUUGUUUGAGAACUAGAGGUGCAAAGUACUCGAUUGCCCUUCAGUUCCUGAGUUUGGACGAAAUUUCUGAGGACAGUGGUGARCAAUGAAUUUAUUGGCAGCUCGAGUACUUCAUUUGUAAGUAUGUCUGUUGCCCUAUUCAUUACAGGACUUCUACGCAAUGCUACUGUUGAUAAAUUAGUAUUUGUUGUAGAGAACAAUGUUCUGAUAUCAGCUUCUUUAUCGUAUAAUCUUAGUGUCUAUGACUCUAUAUGACUUUUAUGACAGAUGGUUAACUUUGAUCUGUAUAUGCUCACUAGUCAUUAGUCAAUCAAGCUUUCCGACAUCUCAAUCUCAGAACAGCUUGAAGUUUUUUCAAUUUUCCCACUAAAAGAUCAGGCAGUUUGAGUAAUGAUUUACGAAAGAUUAUUACCCUUCAGCUGAUAAAAAAGAACUCCCUUAGUUGUGCUGCUACCAUGCAUUAAUCUAAGAAGAUAUGGUCUUUAUGUUCUAGAAUAUCAAGUAUUGAGCGGUAUCGAAGAAGUUUAUAGUCAUUAAUCAUUUACAAGCAUAAGAGAAAGUCAGCAAAGAGGGGGAAAAAAGAAAA